CUUAAAGAGCUGCAGAAAGAGCAAAAGAAACCAAGUCCUCUCCUUCUUCUUCCGGGUCGGAUGUUCAAUUCUCUUGACCUGUAGUGUCGUGUCCGUCUUGCAUGAUGGCUGCGCCCAGCCGGGAUGAAAAGAAAAGGAAGCAAUUUGGGAAUCGUUUCCUUACUGAUGCGGCUCGGGUUUUUCAACACAACGCCUGGGAUAAUGUGGAAUGGUCUGAAGAGCAGGAAGCUGCUGCACAAGCAAAGGUCCAAGAACAGAGCAUGCAGUUAGUACCACAAGAUCAGCAAGAUGCUUAUGAAAUCAAUGCCAACAUGUAUUGGGAUGAUUUCUAUAAAACCCAUGAAAAUGGAUUUUUUAAAGAUCGACAUUGGUUGUUCACUGAGUUUCCUGAAUUAGCGCCAAACCAUCCUCAAGGUCAGAUUGGCAUACAUAAUUCUAAGGAAACUGUGAAAAAGAUCAAAAAUUCAAGUAUUGGAAGCUACUCUGACAAACUUUGUACAGGAGAUAAUAAAGACUUGGAACAUCUGGAUACAGAAAAAAAGAAUACUAAUAACAUCACCCAUCAGAUGCAGUCAGAAGAUAAAAUGGCAUCACAACUGCAGGAAGAGAAAGUAAUAAAAGAUGGUGACUUCCCAGGAUCAUCUGCUACGUAUAGAAUAUUAGAGGUGGGAUGUGGUGCAGGAAACACAGUCUUUCCUAUCCUUCAAACCAACAAUGAUCCAGGCCUAUUUAUAUAUUGUUGUGACUUCUCUACUACAGCAGUGGAUCUUGUCCUGGCCCAUCCAGAAUAUGAUGCCUCUCGUUGCUUUGCGUUCGUUCAUGACCUGACCAAGAAUCAGACGCCUUUUCCAAUGCCAGAUGAGAGCCUUGAUGUGAUAGUUCUUAUCUUCGUCCUUUCAUCUAUUCUUCCAGAAAAAAUGCAGGGUAUAAUCAAUAGGCUUAGCCAACUUCUAAAGCCUGGUGGAAUUAUUUUAUUACGAGAUUAUGGCCGUUUUGAUCUAGCCCAACUUCGCUUUAAAAAAGGUCAGUGUCUGGCUGAUAAUUUCUAUGUGAAAGGAGAUGGAACCAGAGUUUAUUUCUUCACACAAGAUGAGUUGGAUUUUCUGUUCUCUACUGCUGGCUUAGAGAAAAUUCAAAAUAUUGUUGACCGCCGCCUCCAGGUGAACAGAGGAAAACAAAUCACCAUGUACAGGGUCUGGAUCCAAUGUAAAUACCAGAAGCCACCAGGAGAUAACUAGUCUGUAGCAGGGAGAAUUUCUUCAAUUAUUAAUUGAAUUAAAUGAGAUCUCCUUUUCUGGGAGAAUGUUUCCAUGCUAUAGAGAAAAUCAUCAUACUGUAUAUAUGAUACACACAUGUAACUCUGUUGUGCUGUUCUUGGAUAAUCAUUACUUUUUGAGGGUGAAUAUUUUAAAUUUGGAACUGAGGGAAAGUUUCUGUUUACCCAGCAUUUGU